AUGUCUGACAAAAAAUUAUUUACACGGAAGGAAAUCGAAACGAGAAACUCAUCUAUAGACGCAGUAUUUGUAAUAGAUAAUGAAGUGUACGAUAUCACAAAAUUUCUGGAUGAUCAUCCAGGGGGGCAUGAGGUGUUGCUGAACGUUGCUGGCAAGGAUGCCAGUGAGGAUUUCGACGAUGUUGGACACAGCACCGAUGCGAAAGAGAUGAUGAAGAAAUUUUGCAUUGGGGAAGUCGUGGAUGAAGACAAAGUGGAGUUGAAAAAACAUAACAUCAAUUGGCAGGCUAUUGGUUCCGAGAAGAACGAUGGUAGUUUUUUGAGCUCGUGGAAAUUCCCUGUGCUUUUAGGGCUGGUGGUGACUGUGUUAUAUACAUACUUAUUCGUU